AUGGAAUUUAACAAAGUGGCUGUUGGCAUAUUCUUGACCGACGAUGAGAGAUCAUACACUUGGCUGGCAGACUUCCUUUCAUCACUACCGGAAGUAAACUUUGUGCAACCCAUUCCCAUCUCAGAGAGCAGCUUACAGAAUCCUACAGAAAGAAUCUCGGAAUGUGACCUUGCCAUUUUAUACCAUUCAAAGAAAGAAGGAGAAUUGAAUAUACCAGAUGUGACUGACUCUCUCUAUGAAAAGAAACUGAAAUAUUUAUGUGGUAAGAGGACAAAUAUCACCAUAAAGUUUUACAUUUGAUGCUAACAAAGUAAUGAACAUUUAUUUUUGUUAUGUAUUUAUUUUUUGGUGGGUGACAGUAUAGUACGUAUGAGACUUACCUGUAUAAGAUAUUUUCAUGGCAGCAUUUAAUGCAAUAUGACAUAAAAACAUGCAUUAGAUCAGAAACAAACACUUUGCAUAAACAAAUCAGUUAACUAGAGAGACGCAGCAUACCAUGGACAUAACCGUACUUCAGUCUUUAUCCCAUAUCAUUACCACCAUUCUGCAGCUCGCUUACCAUUUUUGCAUAGUACAUAUGGAUGUCCAGUAUGAAAUCAGAACCUAGUUUAAGUAUUUUCUAUAGACUCGGACAUUAAUGCUCUUCUCCUUAAUAUAUUCCUCUUGUUUUAUCACCUGGAAAAGGUUGGGCCUUCACUAUACAUGGUUUGAACAGAUUGGCUAACUCAACGUUUUUUGUUAAUGUUGUGAUCUGACUCAGAAAAUUAACACAGGUUGGGUAUUCCUUCACCAAAUGCAGCACUUGGUCAAUCAUGGGAGCUCUCCCAAUCUUCCUGACUGAUACAUAUAAUCAAGCUGUACCCCGUGGACUUGUGUCUAAGAAGGAGAUGUCUGGAAGACUCCUGUCACUCACGGUUAAUAUUGGCAACCUAGAAAAUAAAUGGGAAUGGGCUCAAACCAUGUGCUACACCAGUGGUGUCCAAAAGGUGUAUCCCAGAUGUUAUGGAACUACAACUCCCAUGAUGUUGUGCAUGCCUUUAGAAUGCAUUUAGAAUGACAAAGCAUCAUGGAAGCUGUAGUUUGAAAACAUCUGUGGAUCUACCUUUUGGGCACCCCGGUGCCAACCACUAUAGCUUGAAAUUGUACAAACAACAGAGUUAGCGCACACAAUUGGGUACAAUCAAAAAUACAUAUGAUAGAACUUGUAACAUUAAAACGGCAUGUAUAUAAAUAUAAAUAUUGUCCAAUGUCUUUGUUAAAACUUUUUUUCAUAUAGUUGACAUUGGAUGUACAGCCACUCCUUCCAAAUUUCUCUGAGAUUUGAUAUAAGUGCAGCGAUAGUGGACUUUUACAAGGUGAGACCUCCACACAGAGUGUGUUUGGUGGAGGUUCCUCACCCAAUAAUAUUACACCAUCUUAAGUCUCUUCCCCUUCAGGUAGUCUUUUUAUCAUCCUAAAAGUGUUGGAAAGAAUGAGUGGCUGUACAUCCAAUGUCAACUAUAUGAGCAAAGAAGUUUUAACAAGAACAUUGGACAAUAUUUAUAUUUAUAUACAUGCAGUUUGCAUGUUAUACGUUCUAUCAUAUGUAUUUUUGAUUGUACCCAAUUGUGUGCGCUAACUCUGUUGUUUGUACAUUAUACGCUUUGAUACAUAGGGGAGAAUUAGAGGAUAGCAGCACGGCUUUCUCUGUAAGCUUUAAAAGGAAAAACAUUUUUAUUUUAUUUGAAGGGAAAGCGCCUCAGAUCUGUGUAUACAUUUAUAUUUGAAAUUACUUUUAAAAUGAUGAGCAUGUUACAAUUACAAGGUCAGAUAUGAUUAAUAGAAUACAAUAUACAUUCACUUAUUGGAUCUUCAUAAACAUACAUUGACGAGGUGUCACCACAAUAUGUGUACACAGAUGUCCAUUAGGCAGCAUGACAUAUCCCAGGAUGAAAUGCAUUUCACUCGUAUGUUUCCUGUCUGCUUUAUAGAGAAUAACAAGCUUUUACUGGUAGUCGAUGAUUUGGAAGGCAGCAGCCCCUCUGAGUACAGACAGAUUUUGGAGAAUCAGCCUAACAUUACAAAAUGGACCAAGAAAAUCUUCGUCUUUACAAAACAGGAGAAGACAUCUAUCGAUCGUAACGCUGAAUCUCUGAUAGGUGAUUCACAGGCCAAUGAUUCUGAUUAUCUGUCAAUGCAAGAAAAGCUGCAACACAUUAAAAAUAUACUCAGAGGUAAAAGAAGCUCCAUAGAAACUGUUACUCAUUUACCAUUUAUUAUUGGCAAGUUUCAUCCACCAAACACUGACAGAGCUAUUCACUAAACUCCAGAUUGUAGCCAAUUGAUUUCCACGUAGCAACAUGCAAGAUAAAACAGCCACUAUCUCUAUAGCUAAGUUGGAGAAUUUCUCCAAAUAUUCUAUUUGAGCCUUAAUUUUGCAAUUUGUUAAUCAAGUCAAAGUUUAGUGAAUAAAAGUUCAGGAGACUUUCGAAAUAAGGUAAACUGGCCAAAUUAAUUAAGUUCUCUAAUUUAGUUAUUUUUCUGUCUCACAUUACUCGCUAGUUUGUAAAUGUCACAGGGAGAGAGACAGGCUGGUUGUAAGUCAAUACAGAUGUUUAUGCUGUUAUUGUGGACACAGCACAUUACAGUGAAUGCUAUUAAAUAUAAUCUACAGCAAACAGAGGCGUAACUAGAAACCACUGGGCCCCGGUGCGAAAAUUGCCCUGGCCCCCCCAUAUGUCUACGCCCUUCUAACCCCCCAUACAUCUACCCUCCCACUCCCAUCCGUUCUCCCCACAUGCAGACACACACAUACACACAGAGACACACACAUACAGGCACACAUGCAUACAGACACACACACAAACACAUACAUACAUACAAACACGCAGACAGACAUACACACACACACACAUACAUAAAACCACGCAUAAACACACAGGCAGACAUAUACACACAUAAAAACACACAAAUACAUAUACACAAACACGCAUACAUACAUACAUCCACAUACAUACAAACACACACACACAUACAUCCAAACACACAUACAAACACACAUAUAUACAAAAUGCUUUAGUCCUCCUCCUGUUUCCUACCUUUUAGGUGCAGGAGGGUGACUUCCCUCGGGUCCAGUGGUUACUCAGCCUGAUGGGAGUCAGAGUUCCCACUCUGACUCACUCCUCUCUUUCUUCCCGCUUGGCUCCCGGUGUAAGCUGGGAGGAAGAGAUCGGGGCAGUCACUUCCAGCAUCUGACAUCAUCACAGGGGGUCCGCCGUUCUAUUAAAGCGCCACAGCGCUGAGCAUGCCCCUUGGUAAUUCCCUGCCAUUGGGUGGCCUUAACAGCAUGGGCAACCCGAUGGGUUAGUCAAUGUGCCCCCAACGGUUAUACCGCGUGGGCUGGGGCCGCAACACAUGGCCAGCUGGGCACCGUGGUCAAAGGGGUCUGCAGGGCGUCCGGGUCUGCUGGAGUGAUGUGCACGGUCGCAACUGCGACCCCUGAAACCGCGAAAUUUCCGCCACUGACUGCAAACACUGAUAUAUAUAAACAUUUUCUAUUACUCAAACCAUUUUUCACUUGCUUCUACAUAUAGACCUUGCUGUGUACAUAUAGGCUUAUAAAAAGGAUACAAAUUCAAUGGAUUAAACAUUAUUCUAGCACAAAACCUGCACUCGUUGACCUGAUUAUUUUAGUGAUAAAUUACGGAUUAAUAAGGUAUGUUUUUCAUUGAGGCAUCUUCCAUUACCAGAAUUUUACUGAACUACUAAUAAUUUCGGUUAGUGACGUCCAGUUAUUUUAAAAUCAAUGGCAUCAUCUUGAGAGCUAUUUGAUUGCAGGUAGUAUUGUACACACAAUGUAUGUUUACAAAACAUGUUUCUGUAUUGUUUGACGUGUAAGCGAUUUAUGCCGAUAUAACACCAGAUUCUGCUUUAACAUUCUUUUUUUUCUUAGCAGGGAUAAAUGUUGGAAAGCCACAGAGUAAUGUUACAAGCCAUAUAGACUGGAAGAGUAUACUCAUCCAGGUAAGUGGCAUGUGGCAGUAUCAUAUACAUAUUGUACUAAUCUACCUGUUCUCAUUGUGACCACUGUUUUCACAGUAAUGGCUGAGACCAGUCUUGUCCUUACAGGAUCAAUUGCUUUUUUAUACCAGCAAGUAAACUGUUUUAAACAAAUAUACAAAUCAAAAUAAAGCAAGCAACAUUUCCAAAAUGUGUAAUAAACCUUUAUAAACUUGCUAUAAACUUGGUCAGGUUGCAUAGCUGGGCACACCUCUCAGCUAGGGGGGUUUCUUCAAAACAGGGCAUCAUUUUGCAGUAGCAGGAAAGAGAAACCCCACAUGAUCACACUGACCACACUCCCUCUUUUUUCCCUCUGUCAGGAUUUUACAAGGUGAAGAGAUCUUCCAAUUACACAUGUGUAAAGCUGUCAGGCAUGCCCAAAGCACUUUUCCAGCAUUCCUAGGGAUAGGAAACUGAUUGGUUAGAUCAGUGUGCCCCCUGGAGUGAGUUUAAAAAGCUAAAGACAGUUGUCUCAAAAUUAUGCAAAUUUUAUCAUUUCUCUGGUUAGAUAUUGUAAUAUUCUCCUAUAUCAUUAGUUUUUCCAUCCAGUGUAGGCUAGGGAAGGAGACAGUUAUAAUUUUGAUAAUCUUCCUGUUAAUGAGUCUGGUAUCACCAUGGGUACAGUAGUAUAUCUUUAUAUUAAUAGAUAAAGCUAGUGACUUUGUGAGAGAAAUGUGUGUCUCACAGCUUCUCCUGAUAUAGCUGACACACAUAUCCUUCUCUCUCUUUCAUAGGAGGACAUGGAAAGUGGUUCUCAGGAGAAUUCAAAGAAGAAUUUCUGCCAGGUAUGUACACACAUGCCACAGUCUGACUCGUAGAAUCUAUGCAGGUAUGUACACACAUGCCACAGUCUGACUCAUAGAAUCUAUGCCAGGUACGUACACACAUGCCACAGUCUGACUCGUAGAAUCUAUGCUAGGUAUGUACACACAUGCCACAGUCUGAUUCGUAGAAUCUAUGCUAGGUACGUACACACAUGCCACAGUCUGACUCGUAGAAUCUAUGCCAGGUAUGUACACACUUGCCACAGUCUGACUCGUAGGAUCUAUGCCAGGUAUGUACACACAUGCCACAGUCUGACUCGUAGAAUCUAUGCCAGGUAUGUACACACAUGCCACAGUCUGACUCAUAGAAUAUAUGCCAGGUAUGUACACACAUGCCACAGUCUGACUCGUAGAAUAUAUGCCAGGUAUGUACACACAUGCCACAGUCUGACUCGUAGAAUCUAUGCUAGGUAUGUGCACACAUGCCACAGUCUUAGGUUAAUUCACUAAACAGGUAUUUAUGGAUUAUAGACUUGUAAUGGAAUUGGAAGAAUAAUGAUUGUAAGGAGAACAAGGGAAAAUACCCAACUGCUCAAACAUAGACCUUAAUUUAAUAUUUUUGGACAAAAUAUUAAAAUAUGAAAAUAUAUCUUAUCUAUAAAAGUACAUUUAAAAUAUUGCAUUGAGGCCCUUGUUAGAGAUAUAUCACAUUAUAUAUGGAAAAAAAAUAAAAAUAAACAUUAACUCAAUCAGUGUAUUUAAACCAAUCUGUGGAGAUUGGAGUAAAGCAUUGGUACAAAUGUCCUUGGCACCCUUCUCUUCACACAAAUGGUGUGAAAUAUAUAUAGACAAAUAAAAUACAAUGAUGUAAUUCCAUCAUGUACAGCAUAAGCUUAUAGAAGCCAAGGCUAUGGAAUAGUUUUAUAUGUAAUAAAUCCGAUUAUUCUAAUACCAUAAACAUUUCUCUAUUCCCUAUCUGAAACAGACUAGAACAUGCCAUAUUAAUAUCAGCAUGGAUUGUAUUUCAUCAUUAGCUUGUGAAUGGAACUCAAUGAUGUCUUAAAAAUAUAUUUUGUCUUCCAGAAAUACCGUUAUUGGCUAAUGUCCCUUGCCAUCUUCAUUGUUCUGUUCAUUACAAUGAUAUUGGCAGCAACAUGUGAAGACUGCAGCCCACCAAGUACCACGUUACUCACAACAUAUUUUACUGAAAAUGCCACGACUAGUAUGAUAAACACAAUUACCAGCACAGGAAGUACCACGACAGUCCCAGUAAAUACAAGCGUUUCUCAAGGAAGCAACACAAGUAUCACAGUGAAAACAACAUCUAGACCAGGAAAUACAACUACUGUUACAAAUACUACCUCCAGCCCUCAAAGGUUUACAGACUCUGUUCCUAUAAAAACAACAUUUGAUCCAGACAUUGCAAACACCACUAGUACUACUACGUCAGAUACAAACUCUACUUUUAAUGUAACCACAUCUUUUCAGAACUCAACUUAUCUUCCUCCAGAAGACACUCUUACUCCAGAAAGCACAACUUAUAUCCACGGAGAAACAACAUUUACUCCUGAAAACACAAGUACAUUUCCGUUAAAUGGAACAUCUGUUUCUGGAAACACAAUAUACGUUUCUGAAAACACUAGUUUUGUCCCAUUAGAAACAACACCUUCUCCAGGAAAUACAACAUUAGUUGGUACCGUCACAUCCUCAGAAAAUACAAGUCAUUUUCCUUCAACUACAAACGUUACCUCAGGAAAUACAAUAAACACAAACUCUGCCAGAGAUACAGAAUAUACAUUGGCAAACACAAGUCAUUUCACUUUGGAAGGAGCAUCUGUUUCUGAAAAUGGCAGUUCUUUCCCUCUAGUACAAACUUCUACUUCUGAAAUUACAAUGUCGGUCCUUGUAGAUACAACUCCAUAUUCUGAAAAUGCUAAUUUUACUUCAGGAAUUACAACAGAAACAAACUCUACUUCAGACAUGAUGUCGUUAUAA